AUGGCAAGGAGCAGGAGGCGGGUCGCAGUCGGCGGCGCUGCUUGGCACAAGCCACCGGCCAGCUCCACGCCUCCGCGUGUCCAACGACCGAUCAGCCAUGCUCCUCCUCCUCGCCGUCGUCGCCGCGACGGCGAACCCCGGCGCCGCUCUCGUGGUGGGCACCACGGGCGUCCACCACCCGCCCCUGCUCGACUGCACCCCGGCGCCGGCGCCGCCGCCCACGCGCAACGGCAGCUCGUUCCGUGCGAACCUGGCCGCGGCCCUCGCCGACCUCCCUCCAUCGCCGCGGCCGCGCCAGGGCGCGCCGCCGCCUUGCAGUCCGUCGAGGCCGGCCCCGACCGCGCGUUCGCGCGCGGCUUCUGCUUCGGCGGCCCGCCAGCGGGCUCCUCCUCGGCCGGCGCCGGCGCCUGCCUCGCGUGCCUGGCCGCGGCGGCCGCGGACGUCAGCCGCGGCUGCGGCAACGCCAGCCGGCGCGCCGGCGUCUGGCGCUCCGGUUGCUUCCUGGCCUACGCGGACACCGGCGCCGCCUCCGCCCACGAGGACGCGUUCCGCGGCUGGUUCUACGCCGGCCCGAAGACGGCGGGGGCGCUGGCCGGCGGCGUGUGCGUGGGCUACCGCGUGCCGGCGGACUGCACCCGGUGCCUGUACGACUCGCUGCGAGCGGCGCCGGCGCUGGGGUGGCUCUCAAGGCUCCGCGGAGACGAGGUGAUUGUCGCCGGCUACAGCUGCUGCCUACGCGUCCAGAAGCCACCGUACGAGCAGCAUCAACUCCCAGAGCUGAUACAGUAAAUGGAGAAAGCAGCCUGACACAAUUAGUGAAUAAGGAGUAGUAUAUAUGUUCUAUCCAUGUCUGAUGUCUGAGAUGUCCUCUUCGAACAGGAGACUUGAGAAAAUAGGAUUAAGUCCAUAGUAUAUAUGUGCUGGUGAAGACAUGAAAAUAAUAUAAUGGAUUGAGU